AUUCGAGCCAAAUACAGGAACACAGCGGAGCAUCAACGACCCCCACAAACAGCCACCGCCACAGCCACAGCCGACACAACCAACUCUCGCAUCAAGCAGGCACCAUGGCGUUCUUGGACCGUGUGCCUGACCACCGCAACUUGCGCACACAACGGUUCUCGCUGCUGCUGCUGCCACAUGAUGACGUGUACUUUGAGGACUACAGCGCCAACAUGUACCGUCCCGGGCAUGAACAAGAGCCAAUUGAGGGUCGUAUCAAGGUGUGCGCAAGCUGCUUGGUGUUCGAUCCAAAGGACUACAACCAUCCCAUCUACUCUUUUCCUCACAAGGACAUUCAAGACUACACAUCAUGGGUUGAUUCGCGGCAUAACAUCAGCGGGUUCAAGCUGACAACGAAGCACUACACCAAGAUGAAAGAGGCCAAUCUGGUGCGCCCCUGGCAGAACGAGCGACCAUCAACGCCACAGACGUUCGCGUUCUCCCCGACGUUUGCCGGCUGCCACGAACUCCUGCCUCGCUUGCAGCAGCUGUACUUUGCGUGGAAAGACAAGACGUACACGGAGACGCAGACCAUGCUGGCCGACAUCACAAAGCGCCACCAGGCCGGCAUCACCUUCAACAUGGGAUGGAUCGAAGACCUCUCAGAACAGGUGAAUUUGCUUCGGUGGAGGAAGAGAAGAGACAACCUGCAAUGA